AUGGUGUACAAUGAGUAUGUGAUGAUCAUGAGUAUCGCGUCAAGACAAACGCCGCAGUCUCGGGCAACGCUUCAAGAGCCUUUCUCGAUGGGUCGGACCGGGGCCGGCGAGGAAAAGGCUCGGGGACUCGAGUGCGUAUGUGUGUGCGUAUCGGAUACGGGAGUACGGGGGAUGGACGUUGCAACGAUGGACGGAGGCACAUGUUGGAUGAAUCAUAGAUGGCACAGGGCACAGGGGUUCAGACUCUUUUACUGCUUAUGA